UAGCUCUUUACUACGCGGACGCACAGUUGCAUCAGAUCCUGUACGUGCGUGCCUGUGUGUGUAUGUGUGUGUGUUUGUGUUGUGUGUGUGUGUGAAUGUGUGCACCGCGGCCGCUCCGCCACGCUACGCUACUUUUUUCUCAUCUUUUUUUUUUUUUUAUUCCCAGGACGCAGAAGAGUAAUAAAUCCUCGCGGGCUGGGGAAAGGCUGUGAUCACAAUAAAGACGUCACCCUGCUGCUCGGGUUGAGCCAAGUGCGCAGCUAUUCGCAGGCGACAACAACAACACGCUCCGGCGGCACCAUGCCCCUGGAUGGACGGGCUGCUUUUCUCCGAGAGAUCCCGAGGGUUCCUGCGUCAGAUCCACGGUGAAUAACCGCGUUUAACCGCCCCGGAUCCCUCGGCUACAGAGAGAGAGAGAGAGAGAGGAGCAGGAGCAGGAGGAAGAGGAGGGGGGGGAGACUCGCUGCAGGCGCAAGCAGGACGCACGACGUGGAUUUGGAGCAUCAUGGAGGAUGCAGCUGCCACAGACCCAGUCCCUGCCACUGGUGCCGCCCCAGCACCCCCAAGACCUCAGCCUUCCUCCCUCGCCAACUCUCGCAGCUUGCUGGAGUGGAGGCGGAGGGUCAAGUCCGAGUAUAUGCGCCUGCGCCAAUUAAAACGCCUUAAAAAAGCAGAGGAGGUCAAGAGCCUGUUCGUGUCCAACAGACAGAAGAUCGAGCGGCAGACGAAUCUCCUGAACACAGAGUGGUCCAAGCUCAGGAUUCAGCCCACACCUCUGUCCACUUCCGGUGGAGCUAUGGCCGGAAAAAAGAUGUGCACGGUGGAGUUUGGCUUCCCAGGAUUCAAAGCUCAAGCCAUCGCCAUGAGGCCCCUGUCCACAGUGGCAGGAAUCCCCUUCAUGUACUCCUGGUCGCCUCUGCAGCACAACUUCAUGGUGGAGGACGAGACGUUCCUUCACAACAUCCCCUACAUGGGCGACGAGGUGCUGGAACAGGACGAGGCCUUCCUGGAGGAGCUCAUCGACAACUACGAUGGCGUGCAUGGGGACAGAGAGGGCGGUUUCAUCAGCGACGAGGUCUUCAAAGAGCUGGUGGAGGCCUUGAGCCAGUACUCGGACCACGAGGAGGAGGAAGAGGAGGAGGCGGUGGCCCUGGCCGUGGUGGAGGCGGUGGGGAAGAAGGAGGAGGAGAGGGCCAUGAGGAGGAGCUCGGCGGAGGGUUCGGAGGAGACCAAAGCGGGGGCCGUGGCGUUCGUCAAGAGGAAGAGGAGGAGCACGACGGAGGUGAGGGACUUGUGCGGCAGCAGGAAGAUCCCCAACGAUAAGAUAUUUAUGGCCAUUGCCUCCAUGUUCCCGUACAAGGGCACCACAGAGGAGCUGAAAGAAAAGUACAAGGACCUCCUCGAGCCCCCCAGCCUGGUGAAGCUGCCCCCACUUUGCACCCCCAACCUGGACGGACCCUUUGCAAAGUCGGUGCAGCGGGAGCAGUCCUUACACUCCUUCCACACACUCUUCUGCAGACGCUGCUUCAAAUACGACUGUUUCCUACACCCUUUUCAUGCUACGCCCAAUGUUUACAAGAGGAAGACUAAGGAGAUCCGCAUGGUGACUGAGCCAUGUGGUGCAGAUUGCUUUCUGCUGCAGAAAGGGGCUAAAGAGUUUGUGGAUCAGAAUAUGGUACGGCCCCAGAGGUCUCGCCGAUGUCGGAAGCAGCAGCGUUCCACCGUGUCCAGCUGUCCCGGACCAUCCGGGUCCACUGAGGAGGGCAAAGGGGGCGACAGUGACCAUGAGACCACCUCCUCCUCAGAGAGUCAUUCACGGUGCCAGACUCCCACCAAGCCGUGUCCAGGGGAUGAUGACGGCGAGCAGCAGCCGUGCUGUGUGGUCCAGUGGAGCGGGGCGGAGGAGUCGCUGUUCAGGGUCCUGCACGGCACGUAUUUCAACAACUUCUGCUCCAUCGCGCGUCUCAUCGGUACCAAGAGCUGCAAGGAGGUGUACGAGUUCGCAGUGAAGGAGGUCCUGAUCCAUCGGGUUCCUUUAGAGGACGGAGGCAUCUUGCCCCAAAAGAAGAAAAGGAAACACAGGUUAUGGGCGAAGAUCCAGCUGAAGAAAGAUAACUCCUCCAAUCAGGUGUACAACUACCAACCAUGUGACCACCCCGACCAUCCGUGCGACAGCUCCUGCCCUUGUGUGAUGACCCAGAACUUCUGCGAGAAGUUCUGUCAGUGUGAGCACGAGUGCCAGAACCGCUUCCCAGGCUGCAGGUGCAAGACUCAGUGUAACACCAAACAGUGUCCCUGCUACCUGGCUGUGAGGGAGUGCGACCCAGAUCUGUGCAUGACCUGCGGGACAGCGGACCAGUGGGACAGCAAAGUGGUCUCCUGCAAGAACUGCAGCAUCCAGAGAGGCCUGAAAAAGCACCUGCUGCUGGCGCCAUCGGAUGUCGCCGGGUGGGGCACCUUCAUCAAAGAGGCUGUUCAGAAGAAUGAAUUCAUCUCAGAGUACUGCGGAGAGCUGAUCUCUCAGGACGAGGCAGACCGACGUGGCAGGAUCUACGACAAAUACAUGUCCAGCUUCCUUUUCAACUUGAACAAUGUAGACUUUGUUGUGGACGCCACACGAAAGGGGAACAAAAUCCGCUUUGCAAAUCAUUCAGUUAAUCCCAACUGUUACGCAAAAGUGGUAAUGGUUAACGGGGACCAUCGCAUCGGGAUCUUUGCCAAACGAGCUAUCCUGCAAGGAGAGGAGCUUUUCUUCGACUACAGAUACAGCCAAGCUGACGCCCUCAAGUACGUGGGGAUAGAGAGGGAGGUGGCGACGACCUAGCUGCACCAGGCGGCAACCUCCUGAGCCUGUCGCCCCUAACGCUUCUUACCCUCUCUGCAGUGUCACGUCUGGCUGACGACUUUUCCAAAACCUCACUGUCUCACUCCUCCCCGCUGCACUUCCAAAAAUAGACAGUCCCUCCCUGAUGGUUUGCAGGUGCAGCUGCUCUGCAGACGCCUCACCGCCACCAUCAAGGACGGCUGCUGCCUCCUCCUUACCCCCCCCCCCCCCCCCCCCCCACAUACCCACCAACCCCGCAAGACUGUACACGCCAAGCUUAUGAAACAAAACCAUUAACAGUGGAAAUACUAUUAAUCCACAUUGCACAUUUUCUUCGGUUACAUCUUGUCAAAGCAAAGCGGUGACAAUUACCCAUCAUGCAGCGUGUUAAUCUCUCUCAGCCGUUUUGUUACUGUGCUUAUAGACCGGCUUUUGUUUGACCCCUCGACACGUAACGUAAGCUUUUACUUCGUACCCGAUGAUGAUCGGUGAAAUGCAUGUGCUGUCUCUUGGAUAAUCAAACCAUUAAACGUGUUAGCCACAGCAUUAGCUUCAGUCAGACACAGUCACUCUGUAUCGUAGUGUUGUGUUGCCCUCUUCAGAGGAAACCUGACCGGGUGCGUUCCCCUGUGAACCCCAGUCAGUGGCAGGCCUCUCCGCCACAUCUCUAUGGUAAAAUAAGUUAUUGUGCAUUUAUAUCAUUGUUCUGCAACAAAAAAAAAAAUAGGCAACCGGACGAGAAACCGACUGACUGAAUGUAGCCUGUGGACGAUGGUGAAGAGAUCUCAUCCCCUCUUUUCAUAUUUUAACACACCAACCUAUUCCUGAUUGGUACUCUACGCGCACAUCCAACAUUUCGAAUCAUGUUUACGUGAUGUUGAAUCCGUCACACCUUGCGAGGCAAGUAAUUGACAAAUGAACGAAUCACAGAUUAAAUGUCUUCCUUUAAAACUCGUAUACAAGUGCCAAAUGUAUUUCUACACAGAGAAAAGACUGAAGCAGUGUGGAGGAGUAACUUCUGCAAGGUUUAAACAAUGGGAAAAACAAAAAGUUUGACCAAAUAUUCAAGUCCCCCACAUGUGAAUGUAAAAUAUCAUUUAUCAUCUUGUCUUCUUCUUUUUAUACGUCCAGAUUUGUUAUCCGCUCCGUUCUUCAUUUUUGAAACAUUAAUUCCCACUUUGAAAUGAGAUCUUUGUCAACAGAGAUGAACAAAAUGGAGUUUACUGAUAUGUACAGUGUAUGCCUAUAAAAAUAAAACUUUAACUUUAUACAUUAA